UGCCUAGCUUCUUUCGAAAGAGUACCAGCUAGCUAACUAGUGUUAGUAAUAGUGAGAGGCAACCCAUCCCACUCUCUCACAAGAGAAGAAAAGGGAAAAAAAAAAGAAAGGGAAAGGUGAUUGUUCUUGUUCUUGUUCUUGUUCUUGCUCUUGUUCUUGUUUCUUGUGGUGUUGAAAAUGGAAGAACAUCUGAGCCCAUUAGCCAUCACUCAUCUGCUUCAGCACACACUGAGGAGCUUGUGCAACCAUGAAACCUCUCAGUGGGUUUAUGCUGUCUUCUGGAGGAUCUUGCCCAGAAACUAUCCCCCUCCCAAAUGGGAUGGGCAAGGAGCGUAUGACCGGUCCAGAGGCAACAGGAGGAAUUGGAUAUUGGUGUGGGAAGAUGGGUUCUGCAACUUUGCAGCAGCAGAGACCAUCAAUAAUGAAUGUCCAACCACCACCACCACCACCACUUGUUCUGCUUCUGCUUCUGGGUAUCAUCAUCAUCAUCAAGGGCUGCAGCCUGAGCUCUUCUUCAAAAUGUCCCAUGAAAUCUACAACUACGGAGAAGGAUUGAUAGGGAAAGUAGCAGCAGAUCACAGCCACAAGUGGGUAUACAAAGAAGCAAAUGAGCAAGAGAUCAACUUCUUGUCUACAUGGCACAACUCACCUGACUCUCAGCCAAGAACAUGGGAAGCCCAGUUCCAGUCUGGUAUAAAGACCAUAGCACUGAUUGGUGUCCGAGAAGGUGUUGUCCAACUUGGUGCUGUCCACAAGGUACUCUUGCGUACAUAUUAAGGAAUAGAUGGCCGGUUAAGCAACCGGUCUCGCUAACUCAAUUUGUUGGGAGAAAUUCAUGUAUCGAUCUUAACCGCUUCCUUACCUCUUCAAUAUGUUUGACUGAAGGUGGUGGAGGACUUGAGCUACGUGGUAACGCUGAGGAAGAAGCUGAGCUACAUAGAGAGCAUUCCAGGAGUAUUACUGCCCCACCCUUCUUCUUCUGCUUCUGCUUACCCGAUGCUGCCACCUCCGCCGCUACCUCACCAUUACGAAGCUGCUGCCGCUGCUUAUUACGGCGGCGGCGGGCCGGUCGUUCCACUGCCGCCGGCAGAUGAGUCGUUCUACGUCCACGGCCAGCAGAUGAUGAUGAUGAAUAGUAAUAGUGGGUCGUACAAGAUAGCUCCUUCGAUGAGCAGCCUCCAAGCCUUGCUCUCCAAGCUCCCAUCCGUCGUCCCGCUCCCGCAGCCGCCCGAGGAGGAAGAGGAGACACGUCAUCAUCAUGGUCAUGACUUGAAGAAUGUCAAUUGCACUACCACCACCAACAACGCUUAUUUUCACUGAUUCUACUUUAUCUACUUUUUUAUAUAUAUGGAAUUUGGGUACUAGCUAGGCAGCUAUAGUGAUCGUAAUGGAGCGGGCGGGUAACUCAAUAUUUAUGUUCGCUCCGUACUAAAUGUGUGGGGCGAGUCGACUCAUUCUUAUAUGUUAUUUGAAAAAAAAGUAGAUAUUUUACUCUGAAACACAGAGAAAAUACUUCAUAAAUGAAUGAA